CUAAAAUAAUUUCUUUUCCUUCCUUCCCGUGUGUUGUUCCACUUCUUCAUCCCCAACCCUUCCCCUUCCCUCGAUCCUUUCUCCCCUUCACUUUCCUGGAAAUUCAGAAAAAAAAAAUUUAAAAACUCAAAGGAAAGGAAGGAUAUAAGGGGGAAAUCCCAACAACACAAUUAGCUUAGCCUGCAUCUACCGUCGUCUUUGCCUCCUUUCUUUCUCCCUUUUCCUUUUAUUCCUGGCAAACGGUGGUUUUUGCAGGCUCGACCAUCUAUUUUCCAUUGUUUUCAUUCAAUUCCAGCUACAUUUUGAAUUAACAAGAACCAAGAAGGAUUAAAUUUGGGUUCUUUUCUCAUGGUUCCAGGUACCCAGAAUUGGAGAUCUUUGAAAUAAAAGAGUUUUGGGAUUUUUUUUAAUCUUUCUGGGGAGGAUUUUUUUUCUCUCGUUUGUUUCCUUUCUCUUUGGAAAUAUGCAGCACAAUAUAUUCACCUCAAUACGUAGCUUGAAGUUCAUAGACGGAUGUAAAAGCCAAGUUUAUGCCCUUCAUCAUUCUAGUGCCGGCAGCUCCGCCGAUGUCGGGCCUACGCCAUCUUGCGGCGGCAGCGUCGGCGAGAAGUUUCUUCACCACCUUCAAGAGCUUCGAGCGAAUCCCAAACCUGCUCGGAACAUGUUACCGCCCCCGAGUCAUCAUCCCACGACGAGCAUCACCGUUGACAAUCUUCUCCCUCGAGGUCUCCCCGAAACCGAUAUCCUCGAGCCACAAAUUGAGCCCUGCCUCAAGCCCUUGGAUAUGGUGGAAUCCCUUGCCGAUUUGUAUCGUAGGAUUGAUAAAUCCCCCGAAGCGGAAAAAUCUGGGUUGUAUCUGGAGCAAUGCGCUUUGUUCCGAGGUUUCCCAGAUCCCAAGAUGUAUAGGCGGAGCCUCCGAUCUGCUCGACAACAUGCUAUUGAUGUACAUUCAAAAGUUGUGCUGGCCUCGUGGUUGAGAUUCGAGCGGAGGGAAGAUGAGCUCAUCGGCACCUCGGCGAUGGAUUGCUGUGGGAGGAAUAUGGAGUGCCCCAAGGCUUGCCUGAAACCUGGCUAUUGUCCAGAAUCUGCUAAUGAUCGAUGUGCAUGCUUGCAGUCUCCUAUACCAUUCUGGGAUAGGAACAUUUCAAUGAUGGACGAGCAGGAAGAAUGCUUAAGCCCUGAUGAAGAUGCUGAUAUGUCAUUCUGCAUUGGCAACGAAGAGGUCAGGUGUGUUAGAUACAAAAUGGCUUCCCUAUCAAGACCUUUUAGAGCGAUGUUGUAUGGAGACUUCAAUGAAUCAAGAAGAGAGAAGAUAAACUUCUCCAAAAAUGGAAUAUCCGCACAAGGAAUGAAGGAAGCGGAGGUUUUCAGUCGAACUAAGAAGUUAGAUUCUUUUGAUCUCCCCAUGGUUUUGGAGCUUCUCUCAUUUGCCAACAGAUUUUGCUGCGAGGAAAUGAAGUCAGCUUGUGAUGCUCAUUUGGCAUCUCUUGUCUCUGACAUGGACUUAGCACUAUUGCUGGUUGAGUAUGCAUUAGAAGAGAUGGCUUAUCUUCUAGUUGCAGCUUGUUUACAAGUGUUUCUAAGAGAGCUUCCUAGCUCAAUGCACCAUAAUUACGUGAUGAAGUUAUUCUGUAGCUCACAAGGUAAAGAGAGUCUCGAUGCCGUGGGCCAUGCCUCUUUUCUCCUCUAUUACUUUCUCAGCCAGAUUGCUCUAGAGGAUGACAUGAAAUCGAAUGCCACAGUCAUGCUUUUGGAGAGGCUAUGUGAGUCUGCAACGGAAGUUUGGCAUAAGAAAAUUGCCUAUCAUCAAUUAGGGGUGGUUAUGCUCGAGAGGAAAGAGUAUAAAGAUGCUCAUAAAUGGUUCCAUGCGGCAGCUAGUGAAGGUCAUAUUUAUUCGUUACUUGGUGUUGCGAGGUCCAAAUUUAAGCGCGGACACAAGUAUUCAGCGUACAAGGUGAUGAGCUCGUUGAUCUCCGAUCAUAAGCCAACUGGGUGGAUGUAUCAGGAGAGAGCCAUGUAUUGUAGUGGGAGAGAGAAGCUAUUGGAUUUGGAGAUGGCAACUGAUUUAGAUCCAUCUCUCAGUUUUCCAUACAAGUACAGGGCUGUUUCGUUGGUGGAGGAUGACCAACUUGGAGCUGCCAUCUCGGAAUUAAACAAGAUCAUUGGCUUCAAAGUCUCGUCCGACUGUCUCGAGCUAAGGGCUUGGAUAUCUAUCGCAUUAAAUGACUACCAAGUUGCACUUAGAGAUGUUCGGGCACUUUUGACAAUAGAACCGAACUAUAUGAUGUAUAAUGGAAAGAUGCCUGCGGAUCACUUGGUGGAGCUUCUUCAACCGAUGGUUCAACAGUGGAAUGACGCUGAUUGUUGGAUGCAGCUCUAUGAUAGAUGGUCCGCGGUUGAUGACAUAGGCUCCCUAGCUGUGGUGCACCACAUGUUGGCAAAUGAUCCUAGAAAAAGUUUGAUACGUUUUCGACAAUCUCUUUUGCUUUUGAGGUUGAACUGUCAGAAGGCAGCCAUGCGGAGUUUGAGGUUAGCUAGAAACUUUGCUUCUACGGAGCAUGAAAGGCUAGUCUACGAAGGAUGGAUUUUGUUUGACACAGGACAUCGUGAAGAAGCAUUAGAGAGGGCUGAGGAGUCUCUUUCAAUCCAAAGAUCAUUUGAAGCAUUUUUCCUGAAAGCUUAUAUAUUAUCAGAUUCACAUCUUGACCCCGAAUCAAUAGCUCAUGUUGUUCAACUAAUGGAGGAAGCUCUUACAUGCCCGUCAGAUAACCUUCGGAAGGGACAGGCAUUUAAUAACCUGGGCAGCAUAUAUGCUGAUUGUGAGAAGUUGGAUCUUGCUACCGAUUGUUUCACGAGAGCACUUUCACUCAAGCACACCAGAGCUCAUCAGGGUCUCGCACGUGUUUUUCAUCUGAAAGAAAAUGAAAAAGCUGCAUACGAGGAGAUGACAAAACUUAUAAUGAAAGCCAAAACCAGCGCCUCAGCUUAUGAGAAACGUGCUGAGUAUUAUGGUCCCAAUGAAAUUAACAUGGCAAAGAAUGAUCUUGUCAUCGCCACCCAACUCGAUCCACUACGUACACAUCCAUAUAGAUGGAGAGCAGCAGUUCUGAUGGAUGAUCACAAGGAAUCUGAAGCCAUAAAGGAGCUUACAAGGGCGAUAGAUUUCAAGCCAGACUUACAAUUGCUGCAUCUUAGAGCAGCCUUUCAUGAUUCAAUGGGUGAUAAUUCCUCUGCUGUUCAAGACUGUGAAGCAGCACUAUGUCUUGAUCCCAACUCUUGUGAAACACUCAAGCUUUAUGAUAGUUCAAGGGGGAAGGUGUCAAAGGAACAAGAAAAGUGAUGGUCACUAGAAAGUGCCUAUGCAGUUCUGGAAUGAUUUAGCUAUGCAGAGGCAAGCAAUAUUAGCCGCACAGAAAGGCUUUCAACUUCUUAAUGUCUUCAUGUCACCACUGAGAGGUGUUAGUAAGUAUACGCCAAGUCCCAUAUCUAGUGAGAACACUCUUACUUGGCGGGGGGUUAAAUUGAAUGACUGGUAGCCUUUUGUUGGACUUUUAAAUUUUUUUUUUUCAAAAGAAGGGAAAAAAGAAGAGUAGGAGCAGAGAUGUAUACUUGUAAAUAUGUGUACUUCGGUGGGGGAUCUCAAUUUAUGAAAUGUGUACAUGAAAUGCAUGAUAUGUUUAUUUGUUGAACUACUAAAGGAAAAAAAUUCCC